AUGAAGGCGCUCGAGAGCGAGUUGGAGACAUUUUUUGAACAGUGCCGUCAGGAGCAGUUUAGUGCCCAGGAAAUGAGCCACAUAUGCCAGCCCCUGCUGUGGCGCCUUGGUCUGGUCAAGAUUAGGCGAUGGGUGCUCUGUGCACUGCCCCUGCUACUGAUCUACUUGCUCUGGCAGUACAGCGAAAGUUUCGCCUGGAGUGUCAGCGCUGUAGGCAGGAUGCUUCUAAUCCAGAUCUUACCCUAUUGGGACUGGACUCCAUACUACAGUAGCAAGUGUCUAAUUGAACGCAAUGAGGAUAUAAGGAAGCGGGUUGAGGCACCCCGAAUAUUGGACAAGUAUGAAACCCAUUGGGAAAACUGCGCACUCUGCGAAUCCCUGGAAAACAUUCCCACGCUUUCGAAUGUCAGCUACUCCAUAGUGGAAUCGCAGUUCUUGGAACGAGGUCUACCCGUCAUUAUCACCGAUGCUCAGGUGCAAUCAAGUCUUGACGAUGUUCUGGAACUCAUACAGCAUAAGGCACCAGCAUUGCUUGCCAGUAAACCAUGCGAUGUGUCCACCAAUCUCUUGUUGCAGAAGCUCUUUAAUAUUGACGCGGCUAUACAGAAGAUACGAACGCUCCACGAACCGAAAGCUUGGCAUUUGCAGUUCCGAAACUGCGAGUUCAAGGCUGUAAAGGCUUCACGUCUCUAUGUCCAUCGACCGUACUACUAUCCUGUACAUCUGGAGCCUUACUACUCCAGUUGGCUGCUGAUGGCGCACAAGAGCGAACGCCCACAAUCGAAUAUAUACCUGCGUGGCCUGAUAUUUGUGCAACAGCUCAGUGGCCAUUUCGACGUGCGGUUGCGACCCAAGCAUCCUUGUGACGACAACGUCUGCCCCACUCUAAGGAUCCGUUUGCAUUCAGGCGAAUGCAUUGUCUUCUCCACCGAUCUGUGGCGCUUUAGCUAUGGACUGCAAAAGCCCGAUCCGAGCAAUACCUCCAUAGCCACAAUCCUCGAAGUUGACUGGAAUCUGUAG